AUGACGACUAUAUCCGCUUUAGAAAAACAAGUUGACGUCUUGUCUUCCCUGCAGGAGUCAAGUGCCAAAAUACUUGAUGAUUUCGCAAAUACCUCCCGUGCGGUUGCUCAACGCGCCCACCGUAUCGUAGCGGAUGUCCAACCAUGGGAAGUCGCGCAGGAAAACAUUGCCUUCAUGAUAGAGGAAACCUCAAGGGCUGCGCGGUGCUACCACCCACCACCUGUCCUACGACUGGUGUUAGCCGGCAAGGAGAAGAGCCCUGAGAUGCUGUGCAAGUGUAUCGAUUAUCUCGUGUUCACUAACGACUACAUCGAGUCUCAGCCGUCUAGUGGGUUCGGUAGCAAUAUUGAGUCAAGCAUUAAGGGAAGUUUGAAUAGUGUGAUAAAGCUGUCAGAAGAGGCGGUGAUCGACGCUUUCGUGACGUCUAUGCAAAAAAAGCCGGCAGGUGAGCGGGAUGAAAGCUUAGAGUUUAGGACAAGGUUGACAGUGUCUUCAUUAUCGGCAUUUUCCGUGCUCUUUCAUCACCCUGAGGCACUACAUGGCGUAGACCGCGUCAUACACAAGCUAGGAGAAAACUUCAACAGGACUAAGGUUAUCACCCAGGACGUUAGGCGUAUUUUAGAAGAAAACAUAAGCCGACUGGUGGAAGCUCAGCUUGACAACUCCAAAGAAAAGGAAGAACUGCAACAUUACCGGGCCAUUGCCACGACAUGUGGAUUCGCGCCAGUACACAAACGCUAUAAGAAGGGAAAACAUUACUUGCUUUCGGCGUCUGCGAAGGCUCUCUCAGUGCUUACCGAAGCCGUCGAGUGUCUGAAAACAUGCGUAUUGGAGCCUUUGGACAACUCCUUUGAUGUCGUGGAGCUGCCCGCGGACCUAACCAUACGGGUGUUCAAUCGGGUGAUAGAAAGCUGCUUAGAUGUUGUGAAGGCUGAUCACGAGGCCCUUUCAGAUCUAAAUUCUGCAUUUGUUUUGUCGCGCGGUGAAGGCGUCGGGUUCUGGGGGGAGGAGCAGAGCGUCACCAAUAUGAUUCUCAUUGGACUGGACCUGUUGGAAGGGUUGUGGAAGUGGAAAGGCUUUGCUGAAAAACUGCCAGGUAGCAGGUACAAGUGUGUUGACAGAGUGGACGAGGGGGUGAGUGUUUUUAUUGCGAGAUUAAGGAAUUUGGUGGAAAAAUAUAACAAAAGUAAAGGCAGUUUGAGCGCUGCUUCACUAAAGAACUAUACUCACCGACUGCAUCGCAUGGAAUGGAUUCCCUCACCAGAUUGUUCGGCUCACGUAUCGGCCACAAAUCAGAUAUACAUGCAUAAGAUGCUGCUUACUAAUUACUACGGUGCCAUAAAAGUGGUGUUACACGAUCCGAGGUUGAGUAGUUUCUCCGAGGCAGAGGCGUUAGAGACUUUGGGUUCUUAUAUGGUCGAUGGUGUGCUCGGCACCAUACGUGAUCUGGAGGUCAUUGCUGAAGCCGCAAUGGAUUUGCUAGAGGAAAAAUCUGGCGGAGUACGGCGGGGCGAUAGCUCCUCAUUUUCGGACCAACCAAAUGCUUCACUGAAUCAAAAGCAGUGCAUGUCUCCACCCAUAUUCAUGUUGAACAAUAUAUUGCUACUUUCAGAGGGGUACCGCAAGGAGUUGUGCUUCCAGCAGCGAAGGUAUUACAGUAGUAACCCCCCGCUUGAUGGAGACAAAGGGAGGAACAGUAUACCGGCUCCACCACCUAUUGUAAUUGGUAUUAUUAACAGGCUUGAAAGCGCCAAAGAUCGAUAUUUAAAAGAUUUCUCCACCUGGUGGUCUGAGUGCUUCCCAUCCGUAUCCUCAAGCAAUAAACUAGCGAACAUCGCUUCAACAGAUGAUGAACUCAGUAAACCUCAACGAGCUGCGGUGAAACACUGGUACAGGACUGUGGCAAACAACCUGAUGGGCAGAGUUGCCGCCUGCCGCUGUUUCACAGUUCUCGGUGCCUCACAGCGAAAGAAUCUCAUUGAAAUUUCCAUGACGGCUGUAAAAAAUGGCUUCAGGACGUUUGAGCAAGGGCUAAAGGGACGAGCAUGGUCAGACCGACCGAUGAAAUGGAUGGUGCGAACACCUGAACAGUGGUCUGAGUUGCUAUCGAAACUGUUUUAG